CGGAGUGCGCAGAUCCAUGUGAUUUCGAAUGCUCACCGUUAGCGGGAAGCUGCUUCAGUUUAGUGUUGGUGGGAGAAGCUCAGGCUGUUUGGCUAAGUUAGGUUAGCUAGGUUUAGUGUAUUUUGUCUCCACUAAAGAGCAAACAGUACUGCCACUUGUUAACUAGUUAACCCAGCUAAGCAGUUUAGCUAACAGCUAUGCUAACAUGCAUAAACUGAUGCUAGGAACUUGUGCUUAGUUUGGUGGCCAGCUAACCAGGUAGCAAUGGGUCCAGAUUUAUAACAGUCUGGUUUUAACAUAGUUUAGCAGAUCUAAACAUGGAGGAACAAAAUUGUAAAUAAUCCUGUUAUGUGCUGUUCAAGCUAGUUUUAUAUCGCAGGAAUAAUGACCGACACCUGUGCAGAACCAGCUAGAGCCAUAAAGGCCAUUGACAGGCACUCAGUGCAUCAGAUCUGCUCAGGACAGGUUGUUCUGAGUUUGGCCACAGCUGUGAAAGAACUGGUAGAAAACAGUGUUGACGCUGGUGCUACAAAUGUCGAUAUUAGGCUAAAAGACCACGGGACAGAGUUGGUGGAGGUCACAGACAAUGGGAAAGGAGUGGAGGAGGAGAACUUUGAAGGACUGACUUUAAAACACCACACUUCUAAACUGAGAGAAUUUUCGGACUUGAUACAUGUUGAGACUUUUGGCUUCCGUGGUGAAGCUCUUAGCUCACUGUGUGCUCUCAGUGACCUCAGUGUGGUGACCUGUCAUGAUAGUACCAGUGUGGGAACUCGUCUCGUGUAUGACCAUGAUGGUCGUCUGGUUCAGCGUGCUCCCCAACCCAGACAGCAGGGCACAACAGUCAGCCUUCAGCAGCUCUUCUCUACCCUGCCUGUUCGCCAUAAAGAGUUCCAGCGCAACAUCAAAAAGGAAUAUUCUAAAAUGAUCCAUGUUCUGCAGUCAUACUGCAUCAUCUCCACUGGUGUGCGCAUCACAUGCACUAACCAGAUAGGCCAAGGCAAGCGUAACACAGUGUUGUGCACGAGUGGGAGCCAGAGUAUGAGGGACAACAUUGGAGCACUGUUUGGGCCUAAACAGCUCCAGAGUCUUAUUCCCUUUCAACAAAUAUCUCCAACAGACAACAUUAAGGAGGAUUAUGGUUUGAAUGGGGCAGAUCUUCCUAAGGAUCUUUUCACAAUCUCUGGCUAUGUGUCACAAGCUGAUCAUGGCGUGGGACGAAGUGCGACUGACAGGCAGUUCUUCUUUAUAAACAAAAGGCCUUGUGACCCGUCCAAGGUUUCCAAGCUUGUCAAUGAAGUCUAUCACAUGUUUAACCGUCAUCAGUAUCCAUUUGUUGCUCUGAACAUUGCUGUGGCUUCAGAAUGUGUUGAUGUGAAUGUUACACCCGACAAGCGACAGAUAUUCCUGCAAGAGGAGAAGUUCUUACUGGCUAUUUUGAAGAGUUCCCUCAUUUCCAUGUAUGAGACUGGUGUCAACAAGAUCAGCCUCAAUCACACACCACAACUCUCAGGCAGUUUUUUCAGACCUGUUGAUCCUGCUGCUGCUGCAGAAUGUCAAGCUUCUCUGCCAGAAGAUGAUUCUGAGUCUUGUACUCCAAGCCUGACGACUUCCUUCAAUUUAGCUGGACUAAAAGCAGCUUUUUCAAAAGAGCAGACUUUUGGAAUUGGUUCAAAGACAUCUAACACUAAACCUGAUUGCAAUGGCCCAACACAAAAAAAGAUGCAAUCUUUUUUAAAUUUCUCUGAAAAGACUCAUUCCAUGAGAUCAUCUUCAGGACCUUCUUCAAUUGGGGCUAUUAAAAGUGGCAUUUCAUCCCUGAAAGCUUCUUCAUCGAGCCUAAAUAGGUUUAAGCGCAGUUCGGACAUAGACGUUGAUUCAGGCAUCUCGGAGCAAAGCUCCACAACAGAAACUCCAGAGACCCUGUCUGGAAAUAGUGAAUUCAGCUCUCCCGAUUGUGAUUUAUUGGAAGCUAGCAUUAAAACAGAGCCAUGCAGUGAGCCUGUAGAUAAGGUGCUGGAUCAUUUUGAACCUUCUGAACAAGAAAUCGAAUCAGUUGAUAGCCCUGAGAGGAUCUUAAGUCCAGAGGCAAAGAAAUUUAAAUGGGAUGAAAACCUAGCAGAACAUAAACAGGUGCCAUUCUCCAGUGUUGGUCCUUCUUCCUCUUCUUCUUCUGGAGUAUUUGACAGACCUGUGAGUGUGCAGAAGAAAACAUUACAUUUGCAAUUUUCAAUGAAAGAGCUUGCCAAAAGGAUGCAGAGACUGAAAACCCAACAACAAGAUUAUAAUGACCAGGAGCCAAAAUAUAGACGCUUCAGGGCGAAAAUUAACCCUGGUGAAAACCAAAGUGCAGAGGAUGAACUGAAGAAAGAGAUCAGUAAGGACAUGUUCAAGGAGAUGCAGAUUAUUGGUCAAUUCAACCUGGGUUUCAUCAUCACAAAGUUGAGAUCUGACCUCUUUAUGGUUGACCAGCACGCCACAGAUGAGAAGUACAACUUUGAAAUGCUACAGCAGCAUACUGUCCUCAAAGGCCAGAGACUUAUAGCUCCACAGAAUCUCCACCUCCCUGCUGUGAGUGAAACCAUACUGAUUGAAAACCUUGAAAUCUUUAAGAAGAAUGGAUUUGACUUCCUAAUAGAUGAAGAUGCACCAGUUAUGGAGCGAGUCAAGCUGGUCUCUUUACCUACAAGUAAGAACUGGACUUUUGGCCCUAGUGACAUUGAGGAGCUCAUCUUUAUGCUCAGUGACUGUCCUGGAGUCAUGUGUAGGCCUUCUCGUGUUAGGCAGAUGUUUGCUUCUAGAGCAUGCCGCAAAUCAGUAAUGAUUGGCACAGCAUUGAACACUGGUGAAAUGAAGAAGUUGGUGGUCCACAUGGGGGAAAUUGAACAGCCAUGGAACUGUCCUCACGGCAGACCCACCAUGAGGCACCUGGCCAACCUAGACAUCAUUUCACAGGACUAAAGAACAUCAGCCUUUCAAGAUUUCAUUCAGAUGAACAGACCUGUAAUUGUAUAUUAUGUCAUGCAGGACCCUUGUAUCUCUAAAGUGGAAAAUUUAUAGAAGAAAUCAUUUUUUCUGGCAAUUUCAGUAGUAGUAGUCAGUGUAAAACAUUAUGAGGGGGGCAUUUUAUUGGCUUCCGGGAGGAACAUGGUUCCUGUGGGUUUGAGUUUGCACACUAUUUGUGCACUAUUUUCCCAGUUAGGCUUACCAAAUGGCCCCAUCUUUACAGGUCCUGAGUGCAGUUAAUCCCGUACUGCUCAAUUCAUUUUUUUAAUUAAUAUGACGUUAUAUAUAUUUUUAUAUUUUUAAAACACAAAUUGAAGCAUCUUAUGUAAAGACAUUUUGGCUUAUUACAUAGUGGUUGUAUACAUUUCAGCUCUGAGUGUAUUAUUUUUUAUAGAAAAUGUACGUUUUGUUUAUUUUAUCAGUUUUAAAUGUUGUAAGUUAAAUAAAAACACUUUCCAAAUUCA